CUCCUCAAAAAACAAGGGUUUAUGCAGGGCUUAGCUGCAACGCCCAAAAGCCACUUCCUUCCUCCGCAGAACCGCUCCAAUGGCGUCCUCCCGCGCCCAGAACUAGGGCACCCACCUCCCAAGAUCCGAUUUUGCUCCCCCGGAACGUCCCUUCGCCCUCCGCCGAUGUUGAAGCUCCUGUCUUCUUCGGCAUGCCUCCACACCCGAGCCCAGCGCGCCGCGAUUCGCCCCCUCUCGCUGGGGAACGAGCCGAGCGGCCCAUUGCUCAGGGCGCUGAGCUCGCUGCGAGGGCUGGUCCGGAGGAGCCCCGAUUCGGCGCAAAGGGCGUUCUUUUGCUCCGACUCGAGCGGCGACGACGGGGCGGCGGCUGCGGCGGCGGCGGAGGCGCAGGCCGAAGGCAAGGCCACCGAUUCCGAGAGCGAUGUCGCGGAGAAGCCCGUGUCCGCGAUCAUCCCCACCAAUCCGAGGCUCGAUGAUUAUCUGACGGUUUUGGCAUUACCCUUGCCUCAUCGGCCAUUAUUUCCUGGAUUUUACAUGCCGAUAUAUGUAAAGGAUCCCAAGUUAUUGGCAGCUCUGCAGGAGUGCCGGAAAAGGCAAGCCCCAUAUUGCGGUGCUUUCCUCCUGAAAGAUGAACCUGGUGUUGAUCCUAGUUUGGGUCCUGCUUCAGAAUCAGACAAAAGCAUUCAUGACCUCAAAGGAAAAGAGUUAUAUGAUCGCCUUCAUGAAGUUGGUACGCUUGCCCAGAUAUCAAGAAUCAUAGGAGACGAAGUGACUCUUAUUGGUCAUAGACGACUUCGAAAGACUGAGAUGGUUAGCGAGGAUCCCCUCACUGUCAAAGUUGACCAUCUUAAGGAAUUACCAUUUGACAAGGAGGAUGAUGUAAUAAAGGCUACAUCUUUCGAGGUUAUAUCAACCCUCAGAGAUGUUCUGAAAACAAGCAAUCUUUGGAGAGAUCAUGUUCAAACAUAUCAGCAGCAUAUAGGCGAAUUUAAUUAUGCAAGAUUAGCAGACUUUGGAGCUGCUAUAUCUGGGGCCAACAAAUUGCAAUGCUUGGCAGUGCUUGAAGAGCUUGAUGUAUAUAAACGUUUAAAACUUACCCUGGAGCUUGUGAAGAAAGAACUGGAAAUUAGCAGAAUCCAGGAAUCGAUUGCAAAGGCAAUAGAGGAAAAGAUAAGUGGUGAGCAACGACGUUAUUUGUUGAAUGAGCAGCUGAAGGCUAUAAAAAAGGAACUUGGUCUGGAGACAGAUGACAAAACAGCACUUUCAGCAAAAUUUCGUGAGAGAAUUGAUCCCAAGAAGGAUAAAAUCCCAGCUCACGUUUUGCAAGUUAUUGAAGAAGAGCUUACAAAAUUGCAGCUACUAGAGGCUAGUUCAAGUGAAUUUAAUGUGACUCGGAAUUAUCUGGAUUGGUUGACUGCGCUGCCAUGGGGAAAUUACAGUGACGAGAACUUUGAUGUACUUCGAGCACAAAAUAUUCUUGAUGAAGACCAUUAUGGAUUGACUGAUGUCAAGGAAAGGAUAUUGGAGUUCAUUGCUGUUGGCAAACUUAGAGGAACCUCCCAAGGUAAAAUAAUUUGCCUAUCUGGUCCACCGGGAGUGGGUAAAACUAGUAUAGGUCGCUCUAUUGCACGUGCCUUAGAUAGAAAGUUCUUCCGCUUUUCUGUUGGAGGACUAGCUGAUGUCGCUGAAAUCAAGGGGCAUCGUCGAACAUAUAUUGGUGCAAUGCCAGGGAAGAUGGUGCAGUGUCUCAAGAAUGUUGGAACAGCCAAUCCUCUUGUCCUUAUUGAUGAGAUUGACAAGUUGGGAAGAGGACAUGCUGGAGAUCCAGCCAGUGCUUUGUUAGAACUUCUUGACCCAGAGCAGAAUGCUAAUUUUCUGGACCACUAUCUUGACGUCCCAAUUGACCUUUCAAAGGUGUUGUUUGUUUGUACUGCCAAUGUGGUGGAAAUGAUACCCAACCCUCUCUUGGACCGGAUGGAGGUCAUAGCCAUUGCUGGGUACAUUACAGAUGAGAAGGUGCAUAUUGCCAGAGAUUAUCUGGAGAAGAGUACUCGAGAAGCAUGUGGCAUCAAGCCUGAGCAGGUUGAAGUGACGGAUGAGGCUCUUCUUGCUCUAAUAGAAAACUACUGUCGAGAAGCAGGGGUUCGUAAUCUGCAGAAACAGAUAGAGAAAAUCUACCGGAAGAUUGCUCUGAAACUUGUCCGGCGAAGAGAGCUUGCGCAACCUGUCCAGGCUGCACAGGUAGUGGAACCCAGUGAAGCAAAUGUAGAAUGUGUUGAUAAAUCAGGUAAGCAGGAGAUUGAGAAUAAUGAGCAUGCUGGAGCCCAAUCGGAUGAAAGAAGUGGUCAUGAACAAGCUCUGGAUGUUCCGAAUGAAGUGGAUGUCACUGCUGACCAGGGCCAUACUGAUGCUGAGAAAAACCAAGAAAGUGAAGCAAUAGAGAAUUCAGAAAAGGUUCUGGUAGACACAUCAAAUUUAUCAGAUUUUGUUGGCAAACCUGUUUUCCACGCGGAACGGAUCUAUGCCCAGACACCAGUAGGAGUUGUAAUGGGUCUUGCAUGGACUGCAAUGGGUGGCUCCACCUUGUAUAUAGAAACUACUCAGAUCGAGCAGGUUGAGGGAAAAGGGGCCCUCAAUGUCACUGGACAGCUCGGGGAUGUCAUGAAAGAAAGUGCGCAGAUUGCUCACACUGUUGCAAGGGCUAUUUUGCUUGAGAAAGAACCAGACAACCCCUUCUUUGCCAAUUCCAAGCUUCAUCUCCAUGUUCCUGCCGGGGCUACCCCAAAAGAUGGGCCUAGUGCUGGUUGUACAAUGAUCACGUCCAUGCUGUCACUUGCCAUGAAGAAGCCUGUCAAGAAGGACCUUGCAAUGACUGGUGAAGUAACGCUCACAGGGAGGAUUCUUCCUAUUGGUGGGGUAAAAGAAAAAACUAUAGCCGCUCGGAGGAGCGAAGUUAAAACCAUAAUAUUCCCUGCAGCGAACAGGAGGGAUUAUGAUGAGCUCGCAUCCAAUGUGAAAGAAGGCCUCGAUGUGCAUUUUGUCGAUGACUAUAGUCAGAUAUUUGAACUGGCUUUUGAGGAAGAUGAAGCUGCAAAAAAGUGAUCAGUCUGUUUACAUUGCUUUGCCCAAAUUUUUUCGCGUUGGGAAAGUUGCGGGAAUUAAACCCAAUUUUGUACAAUAUCUUCAUAGUCACCCAAAACGUGGGAAGGAGCACGGGACUCAAUUGUUUAUUGCUAGAAUGGUAGGUACCUUUUGUUUUUUCCGUUUACAUUCUUCACACUUAUUAUACCAAUAAGAACAGCUCAAUUCUUUGAGGUGAUAACAUUUUAGGCCAUUGAGGACCGAGGACUAACUGAUUUGCCGUGA